CGCCGCCCGGCACACUAAACCCUAAACUAAACCAGACCAUCUCUCCCCUGCCCAGCCGCCGCAGCCAUGCCGCCGGCGCAGAAGAAGAAGGACCAGGCCAUGACCACGGCCAAGCCCAACCCCACCGUGCCCCGCUCAACGGUGGUCAGCGCCGUGUCCUCUUUAACCAAGUGGAUGCGCGAGCGCGCCUCGGAGGCACCCCCGAACCUCCUCGCCGACGAGCGGGACGACCUGGUCGUGCUGCAGCUCACGCUGCGCCGCGUCCCGGCCAAACCCACCACCAAGCCGCACCUGCUCCCGCUCCCGCACCCCGUCGUCGCGCACUCCGCCGCCUCCGUCUGCGCCAUCUCCGACGACCGGGCCGGGUCCGGCUCGGCCGCCGCCGCCGCCAUCCUCGAGGCCGCCAGGGCCCUGGGCCUCCCCGUCUCCGAGGUCGUGCCCUUCUCCGCCGUGCGCACCGACUACCGCCCCUACGAGUCGCGCCGCCGCUUCGCCGCGUCCCACGACCUCUUCCUCGCCGACCGCGCGCUGCUCCCCAUGCUGCCCCGCCUCCUCGGCAAGGCCUUCUACGCCUCCAAGAAGGCGCCCCUCGCGGUUGACUUUACCCGCGCCGGGUGGCCGGAGCAGGUCCGCAAGGUUGUGAGCUCCACUUUCCUCUACCUGCGCACCGGGACCUGCUCCGGGAUCAAGGUUGGCAGGCUCGACAUGGGGGAGGAGGAGAUUGUGGACAAUGUGAUGGCCGCGGUGGAGGCCGCUGUGGAGAAGGUCCCCAAGAACUGGGCUAAUGUGAGGGCGCUUCAUUUGAAGGCGGUGGAUUCUGUCGCACUGCCGAUAUACCAGGCUGUGCCGGAGCUGGGCCUGAAGAUAGAGGUUCCGGUUGAGCGAUUGGAGGGAGAGGUCAUCGAUGCCUCAGAAGGGGAGACUGGCAAGAAGCGCAAGGACAAGAAGAUGAAGGCCUUGACCGAAGGUGCCAAGGGGGAGAAUGUGAAGUACAAGAGGAAAAGGAACAAGAAGGAUCAGACUGAGGAUGCUGUGAUGGAGGAAGUCCAGGAGGCGAGUGAGAAGAGGAUGAAGAGGGAGGAUGCACCUUCUGCAGAGGUUGCUGCUGAUGAGGGCCUGAAGGUCGCAAAGAAGGGUAAGGAUAAGAAGCGUGCAUUGGACGCUGAGGUGGAGGAUGCCAGCCCGGCGGAAAAGAAGGGUAGAAAGAGCGAGCGUGCAUCCAAGGACGCUGGCAAGCAAGCACCUGAGGAAGUGGGGGAUGUAGGCAGCAAGAAGAGUAAGGGCAAGAAGAAGAAGAGCAUCAAGGGUAGUCCUGAUGAUGGUGAAAUCCUUGUGGAUGGGGAAAGCAUCCCCGAUACCAAGGAAGAGAAGAAGAGCAACAGUAAGAAACUGAGUGGGGACAAGAUGAAGAAAAGAUCCAGGGCCAGGGGUUCCUGUUGUUGAUUGAUGCCUCUGAAAUCAGUUGAUUACCAGCUGCAUGUUCUAUGCGUUGAUUAGCUACCAUCAUCAAAUCUAUUUCUUUUUGCUCUUAGGCUGCACUUGAUAUUAUACUGCUGAGUGUUAUACACUGGUCCUGAGGAGGAACUUCUGAUGUAGUCUCCUCAGAUCUUGGUAGUUUAAACCCUUUGGGUUGGAAAUUACAGUGGAACCAUUUCCUGCCAGGUCUCUUGUAAUCCAUGUGGUAUGCAACAAUUUUGUGUUCGUAUUGAGGAUAUGCUUGUACUGUUCUGCUA